AUGGCUACUCCGCACAACUAUUCCGUCGGUUGGAUCUGCGCGAUUGAACCUGAAUAUCUUGCUGCACAGCUUUGCUUCGAUGGAGAACCCGAGGCUCUACUACAUUCUCCGUCACCGAAUGACUCCAAUGCCUAUAGCCUAGGCACAAUAAACGGCCACAAGGUCGUUAUAGCCUGCUUGCCGCGGGGGUCGUACGGCACAACAUCGGCCGCUAUCGUCUCUGCCAACAUGCUACGGAGCUUUCCUAACAUAAAAGUUGGCCUGAUGGUAGGUCUUGGGGGAGGUGCUCCAACACCUGACGCGGAUAUCCGUCUUGGCGACAUCGUGGUCAGCACGCCUGGUGACGGUCAGCCCGGCGUGCUUCAGUAUGACUAUGGGAGGACGGUACAAGGGCAAGAGUUUGAACUAACCGGGGCCUUGAAUCGACCCCCGACAGCGCUACUGACGGCGGUGACGAACCUCAACACCGAGUUCCGCCGGAAACCCAAAGCCCUUGAGGAAGCCAUCACCGAUAUACUUGAGAAAUUGGAUAGGGAGCUUCGUGAAGACCUCACCCGACCAGAUGUUGGCACCGAUGUCCUGUACCAAGCCGGUUUCACUCACCCUGUCGGCAAUGGCGGCGCUUGCGCGGAUCUAUGUGGACUCGUCCCAGAACGUCUCACCCCACGGCAGCCAAGAAGCAGACGACCGCUAAGCCCAGUGGUUCACUAUGGACUGGUCGCCUCGGGAAACCAGCUAAUGAAGGAUGCCAAACGCCGUGAUGAAUUGGCUCAAAAACACAAGGUUUUGUGUUUCGAGAUGGAAGCGGCGGGCUUAAUGAAUGACUUUCCCUGCCUGGUCAUUCGUGGCAUCUGCGACUAUUCAGACUCGCAUAAAAGCAAGGCGCGCAAUCAUAGGACCUAUAUCAAGAUCAUCAUCGACCUAUUUGCGCACACUAAAUCCUCAUCCCCGACAUUCAAGGUGUUCCUCACGAGUCGACCGGAGCUACCUAUCCGGCUUGGCUUCCGCCAGAUCCAUGGGAAGUAUAAAGGCUUUGCUCUUCACGAGAUAUCGAAAUCCGUCGUCUGGCACGAUAUAACAAAGUACCUCACACAUGAACUUUCCGAAAUUAGAGAUGACUAUAACAACGAUGCCACGGACAUCUUGGAGCUCGGCGCUCUGAGCUUCAUGUACCUCGCAGAGGAUGUUCAUCAACACUUGAAGGUCAUCGUGGUACGAAAUGUCAAGAUAUGGGAUACCAGAGGCAAUGAGAUCCAUACGCUCAAGGGCCAUGCCGGCGAGGUCAACUCGAUAGCUUGUUCAAGCGAUAGUAGGCUAAUAGCAUCAGGGUCCGAGGAUAGAACGGUUAAAAUCUGGGAUGCCGCUACCGACUACGCUGUAAGGGUCUUGGACGAGCUCGAACACGGUACUAUGGGGACUGGAGACCCGAUAGAUAUGAUCUUGUCGGUGGAUUCCUCAAAUGAUGGCAGGUAUGUCGCCUCCGGAUCUACGGACCAAGGUGUCAAAAUCUGGGAUGCCGUUACAGGUCACUAUCUUCAAACCCUAAUGGAGCAUAGCGGUUGUGUUCAAUCGGUGGCCUUCUCAAAGGAUGGAAAAUUCGUGGUAUCGGGAUCUUCUGACAGACUCGUCAAGAUCUGGAUGGUUAAUCCAAGUCGUGAGGGAGAGGCACCUGAAUACCAUGGGAAUACGAUUCUGCCAAUGACCGUCUCCCGCGAUGGUAUGCUUGUAGCAUUAGUACGUCGCUCCUCUGAGGCCGGCAAGGGUCGGGAAUAUAUCACGAUUUGGGGCGCUCUUACAGGCCGCGAGGUCCGGAAAAUCACCCAUCAUCUCGAAGAUGGCUCGAGAUUGGGAUCCGUGGCCUUUUCUAGCGAUGGAAGGCUUGUGGCAGCAAUAUUGCUCGACCCGAUGAGAAGCUUCAAGAUAUGGGAUGUGGAUACAGGCCGCGUAGUCCGGACGUUCUCGGACAACGCCCAUCCCACUUCAUCUCAAUUUUGCCCCACGUUCUGCCUAAACCACGGUUUCUACAGAACCGUCGAGAUCUGGAAUGUCGCCACGGGCCAUACAGUCGGAGUGCUUAAUGGACAUGGUGCCACAUACUCGAUAGCCUUUUCAGGCGAUGACAGAUUUUUGGCGUCGGGAACGAGUAGAAAUUGCGUCAAGAUUUGGGAGAUCGCUACAAGCUACGAAUAUGGGGAGCUUCGGGGUCACUGUGUGGCCUCUUUAGUAGCUCUCUCAAGUGAUGGCGGGUUGGCCGUGGUGGUAUAUGGUGACUCCACAACCAAGAUAUGGCAUGUCGCUACAGGUACCGAGAUCCAGACGCUUGGUCUUGGCACCAUGCUCAGAGCUGUUGCAAACGAAUCCGAAUCAGGGGUCGAACUCCGACUGCAAGUACGAGAGCUAACCAAGGGCUAUGGCGUUACGUUGGAUCACAAGAAGAACAAGAAGAAAGCAAAUGCUCCCCUGUCCUGA